AACAGGUUUCUGUGUUGCUUCUGUUCGAUUCUUAUUUCAAUGUCUACUCAGUCAGUUGCCGGAAUUCGUACGUGUCAGUACAACAUUGUCGCUAGUGAAUAAUUUAUAUAAAGUCUAUUUCGAAAAAGAGCGAAAUUAAAUUUUUACCCAAAAAAGUGUAAAAACUGAAAAAAUAAAUAAAAUAAGUAAUAUUAUUCACUGCAUUGAGGGCUAAGCAAAUAGAAAAGUCGCGAAGCCAUGGGUUUCAAGAUCAGUCACACACUUUUCGUGUGUACUGUGUUGUUGUUGUGUGUGCUGCAGUGCGAAUUUGCAGCCAGCUACAAAACGGAGAUCGAGAUAACUCCAGCGCCACCGGAAGAGCAGACAACAAAGAAGUCCGGCUGGUUUAGUCGUUUGUUUAAUAGCGGUGGUGAUAAGACCACCACUACCACCACACCAUUACCAAUACGAAAUUUGCCGGCCCCCACUCCGCCCCAACCACAACUAAAUGCACCACGUGUACAACCUAAUGCCGCUGGCGCACAAAAGCCACCACCGUUUUCCAUUAACCCAAAUGCACCACUGAUGCCACUGGGACCACGUCCCGACACACCAGAAUCUUCACCCUUCGGUGGUAAUGGCAAACAGCCGCCACAAUGGCCUCAACCCACGUCGCAGUCAGCAGCGCAAACUCCAACCUCGCCUAUCGGUUUGCAUCCACCAGCCGGCAGCCCGCAAUUGCAGCAACAACGUCCGCAGGCGGUAUCGACUGCAAACAACUUUGGCGGUGUUGGCACUUUUGGCAGCGCUGGUAAUGUGAAUAACUUUGGUCGUCCGGGUACAGCACAACCGAAUUUACCACCUGGUUUUGGCCCAUAUCAACCACCUAAAGCCCAGCCGUCUGGCUUGGAUCUAAGCUAUGGCGGUGGCGCACGUCCACAAGGUGGCCCAGCCGGACGACCCGGUUUCGGUUUGGCACCACUGACCAGCACAACAACCACAACUAGUACCACAACCACGACAACGACAACACCAAAACCAAGUCCUCCCGGCAGUGCUUUAGGUUUCGAUAUGCGUAAUGGUUUUGACACAAUCACUGUACUAUCCACGACCACUACACACCGUCCUUCAACAACAAAAGAUAAUUUUCCACCUUUACCGCCACCACGUCGUUCUUCCCUGGGCAACAAAGAAGACUUCCCACCGCUACCAACACCACGCACCCCCGGUAGCCCCACCCCAGUAUCACCUCUACGACCUUCCUCUCCUACUGGUGGUGCACAACCCACACCAGUAUUUGCUUGGGGUUCGCCCACACCAGUGGCACCUUCACGUCCAAGUAGUGGUACCAUAACUCCAACUUCACCAACGCCAAGCAGUCCCAUGCGACCAGGUACGCCCGGCGCUGGUGGAACUGGCGUUUCCUUUGUACCACACGUGCCCGGUCCCUCAACUACGGUUAAACCUGGCACUGAUAGUAGUGCCAGCGGUAGCUCAGUUGCCAGCGACGACGAAAUACGCGCCCUCACUGAGCAACUAUAUGCUAAAGAGCAGAGCUUGUUAAAUUUGUUGCAUGUCAAUGCUCAGGGCAAGACAAGGUCAAUUGAUAGCACGGACGAGGCGCCCGAGCCUCUCUUUGAAGUCGAACCUCGCGCUUUCGAUUCACCGACAGUCGCUAAAAUGCGCGCGCUCUUCGAUAACUACGAAGAGGAUACUUUGGCCAAUGAACAUGUGACCGUCAAUGAGCGUCGUGAGGAGAAUGAAUUCGUCGAUGCAGUAAUGGGUACACAGGUCAUGCGACAGGCCAUGCUCUUCUUGCAAAACAAAGGCAUUGUAACACCUGAUCCGAAGACCCAUCGCGAUCUCGUUAAAGAGCUCUGGUUUACACAGUACUCGCGUGGGCAGGGACGCAUCGGCAGUUCGGGCUUUGAACAUGUCUUCGUGCACGAAGUAAAAAAUGGCACACUAAUCGGUCUGCACAACUGGGUCUAUUUCGCGGACGAGGAGAAAGCUGGUCGCUUGGACUAUAAGGGUUAUCUGCAUCAAAUCGAUUUGGGCAAUAAAGCGAAAGUUCUGAAAGUACGCUUCAGCCAUAAAGGUGUUAAUAAACCGGUUAAUGGCGUCUUCGCUGGCACCUCACCCGAAUUGGAAUUGGCUCUGUACACAGUAUGUUUCCAGCUGCGUCCCGAUCGCACAUGUCCGGUAUCACUGGGCAAUCAGCGCUUCGGCAUUGUCACUUACACCUGGCGUUAUCGCGGCAAACAUCUGAUUGGCAGCGCCUUCCCCGAGAUAUAGUGACGUUCAUUCAAGCAUAAUGAGAUUUAUAAACUUAGUACAUUUGUGCGAAAAAUUAGAUUUAAAGUGUAGUUUAAUUAGAAAGAAAAAAUAAACCAAAAAAAAAUUUUUUUUCAAAAA